AUGAAGCAAAGCCAGGGGCUUCCUGGUGAUGGCUGGGAGGUGGAGCCCAGAGCUGAACAGGAGGGGGCAGAUUCACAGAGACCCAGGGAGUCUCCCUGUCACCAGGAAGCCUGUGCAGCAACACCCAUCCCUGGGGAGGCAGCUGGAGAGGGCGUCUCUGCCUCUGCUGCCCCCAAGGAACAAGCCAGGCAGAGUACCGUAACAAGCCACUCCUCUACCCGCAUUGUGGAGCCUGUGGCCACCAAUUACCUGUGCACCAAGAGCCCCUGUGACCCACCUGGCAGGGGCAUGAAGAGGAAGAGGUCAGCAGUUGUGAGAGACACCAAAGAGGAGGAACAAGAGAAACACCUAUAUUACUAUCAUGUGACAGCAGUCAAUGGCAUCACUAUGGCCUGGGAGACCAGGUUUGGCUUUGGUCCCAUUAAGAAACGGCCCCGUAUAUAUAAGGCCAAGUAUACAGUGGGAGAGGACUUUGCUGGCUUGGACCAGAGCAGCCACCACACCAGGUCUGAGCUAGGUGAUGAGGACACUGAGGCAGAGGACAGCACUAGAGGACAAGGAGAGGAGGCACCAGCCCAGAAUGAUGACAGCGAGGCAGUGACUGUCACCCCACAGGAUUUCCUGCCCACCCAGGAGGGCCUGCAGUGCCUGGCCUGUUGCCGAAUCUUCCCCAGCUUGGAGGCUUUGACCCAUCAUGUGAAACAUGGCCUUCGUGAGGGCUUCAGCUGCCGAGUUUUCUAUCGCGUGAUGGCAGCAUUCAGAGCCAGGAACAAAGCACAGAGGAGGAGAUGA